AUGAAUGUGGCUAAAAGUGAAGACAACAUUUGUUUUGCUCAGCGAUCUGAAUCAACAACAUCAGUUUUUGAAAAAACUUUCGGGGACAGUUGGUGUAGUACUCCACAAUUUUCCUCAUUAGUUGAAGGCCUGAAGAAGGACAUUAUGCAGAUGCUGAAAAAUGAAAUCAAAGCAUUGGUAGAAAUCAACUGUAGAAAAUUGAUGGAUGUUGAACAAGUCACAAAGUCUCAGGAUUCACAGACCAAAGUCAUCCUAACAGAUAUCAUUUCCUCACAAGAAUAUGUAAUGAAUGAAUUCAAAGAACAGGAAUGUAAGAUAAAUAAACUGCAAAAGCUAAUGGAUGACUGCCAGUCUGAUAUAAAUCUUCUGAAGCAAAAUAUAUCUGAAUUUCAAAAGAAUGAACAACAAUACAGACAAACAAUAGAUGAGAUGGAUCAGUCAAACAGGAGAAAUCUCCUUGAAAUACAUGGCUAUCCUGUUAUGCAGAAUGAAAACACUAUGGUGAUUGUGAAGGAUGUUGCUAGAAUGGCUGGUGUAGAAAUAAAGCCAUCAUCCAUUGAAAAUUCUUAUAGAUUGAAAAUUUCUGACAAGUCCAUUUAUCCCCCAAUUAUCAUGGUCAAGUUUUUUGAUGUGAAUCUUCGUGACAAAAUUUUCAGCGGCCGAAAAAAUAUACAGAAGCAAUUUAAGAAUAAUGCAGGAGAUGCUUGGUACUUAUCUAUUCGAGAAAAUCUAACAAAACAAAGGAGAGCUCUAUUCAAAGAAGCAAAAAGCCUGGUAAAAUCCAAUGGCUACAAGUUUAUAUGGACAAAUAGUGGUGAUAUAUUGGUACGCAAAACUCCUAAGGCAAGAGUUCUUAAAGUGAUGAAUCAGAAAAGUCUUCUAAAGAUUUGUUAA